AGACACGAGGGAGAAGUAAGAAUGGCACGGCUGACAAGAGCUGCUAGGCUUGCGAAUGUUACCGUGGGAAUUAGGUGUAUGGAAAAUAUUACAAGGAGUUUAUGCUGUCAUGUUACGUACAGUGACAAGCUGUCUGCAAUUCAAGGUCAAUGUUGGAACAAAUGCUUGAAUCCUGUGAAUAGACUGAAAACACUCUGCUCUUGGAAGCCACUGACUUUCCUAGGACGAGUCGUCAACCAGCCUGUCCAUUGGUUUCACACAACUGGGGUCCAAAAUUGGUAUGGCCACCUGACCAUCACACCAGAACAAGUCAACUCUAUUCUGCACAGGAAUGAGCUUGCGGUGGAAGUAGAUGCCAGCAAGUGCACCUCUGUAAAAACUUUCAUGACCAACCAGUUGCGGUCAAACAACCCGGUGGAGGAUCGCAGGGCGGAGGCAGCCUGUGUGAUGACCAAGGCCAUGCUGUUCGGCGUGUUUGACGGGCAUCACGGACCAGCCUGUGCCCAAGUUGUCAGUGAACGCUUGUUCAAUUACAUAGCAGCUGAGGCUCUCCCAUACAAAGUGCUCCAGGAGGCCCUACGGAUGUUUGCCAGCGGGGAACUGCUAGAGUUAGUUGAGUGGUACCAGCAUCCUAAUGAUUACAUCUCCCGUGACAGGCAGACGCUGUUCCGGCACAGUCUGGGGCAGUACAUGAAGGACAACCUGGAGAUGGAUUUCCAGGGGGAAGACAGGGUGGCUGACGUACUGAUGACGUCAUUCGACAGGCUGGACAAAGACUUAUCCACCGAGGCACAGAGCACUUCCAAUGGGGAAUUCAACGAUGAGGGGCUCCACACUGUCUUCUCUGGUGCCUGUGCCUGUGUUGCCUAUGUGGAAGCAGACGAUUUGUAUGUGGCCAAUGCAGGAGACUGCCGGGCAGUGCUGGGCCGGCAGAGCGACAACGAACCUUGGAGUGCCAUCGCCCUGUCAAACGAUCACAAUGCGCAAAACAUUGACGAGGUCAGAAGGUUACGCUCAGCCCACCCUCAGGAUGAAUCAUCCACCGUCAUCAAGAACGGUCGCCUGCUGAGCGAGCUGGCCCCCCUCCGGGCCUUCGGGGAUGUGCGCUACAAGUGGAGCCAGUCCCUCCAGCACCAGGUACUGAACCCCUGGUUCGGCACUAAUGUCAUCCCCAAGAACUUCCACACUCCGCCCUAUCUGAUCGCCACCCCCGAGGUGAUCCACCACCGCCUCACCCCGGAUGACCGCUUCCUCAUUCUUGCCACCGACGGACUGUGGGACUUCCUGACCCCCGAGAAGGCCGUCAGCCUGGUUGGGGAGUUCCUCCUGAUGAGUGACAAAGUGGGCAACUUCCGCCCCCCGUCCACUGACAUGACUCUUGAGCAUAUUCACCAGAUGCUGUCCAGGCGCAAGGCAGCCCUGUGGCCGAGGGAUGACAACGUAGCCACCCACCUGAUCCGCUACGCCCUGGGUGGUGUUCACAACCGGUUUGACCACCAUCGGUUGGCCAACACACUGAGUCUACCAGAUAACGUAGUCAGGCAGUACAGGGAUGAUAUCACAGUGACAGUUGUGUUCUUUCAAUGACAACUGUCCAACAAUAGCAAAAAAAUCCAUUGAAUUUGGAUUUAGUGUUCAAUGAAGCUUUCAACUUUGCAUUCAGUAAAUGCCGAAGGAAAUGGCUAUUCCUGUAGAUAUUAAGAUUGAAGUGUUUCUGACAAUGACAGUGAAAUAUGGACAUCCUCUGAUCAGUAACUGUAAGGUUUACUUAUUUGUAGAAUUUGAUGUUUUGUACUCAUGUAAAUGAAUAACAAUACUACAGUUAUUAAGAAAAACAGGUCUAUUAAUUAGUCAAAGUGUUACCCACAACAUCCAGGUAUUUUUUUACAAGCCUUCAGACGACUCUGAGUGUGCAGUGUUGAUACAGGUACAUGUAAAUAUACGUCAGCUAAGGGCCGAAAACCCACAAUAUAAAAUGUGCAAAUACAUACACUGUAUGUGUAAAUGUUCUUUCUUGCACAAGGUGGUACAAAUUUAAUGGAGUACUUUUUAAAGUGGAAUAUUUAUCAAGUAUUCUUGUCGUUGUUGGUCAGAUUUUAAUUAACGUAAUACUCUAAAGUCUCAAGAAUCCCACAUGCAUGGAGUUUGCCAGCAGUCUUUUUUACCCUCUUUUUCUUGAACUCAUGACAAAACUAGGAAGUAAAUACCAGGAGUCACUGUCCAUGUGUUGCAGUCGAGACCCCUUUGACUUGAGACCAUCACAAGACAACACAAGACCUCCUAUCUGAAUUCAAAGUCAUGGGCAAGUAAAAACCACAUCGGAAACAUUACUUUGUCAUCGUUCACCCUGAUUUGCUUCUCAACUAUAACACGGGCUACAAUGUUUUUUACAUGUGUUUUGCCACCUGGAUGUAUGUUGGACCACAUGUACACCGAAAGGUCUUGCUGAUACAUUUAAAGUAUAAACAAAACAAACUUGUGUUGUAUUUGCAUCCUUUUGACAUGUAAAGGAUACUGAAUGUACUUUCUGAAAUGUGACCUGCCACCGCAAAAUGACCUGAAAGUCCGAAUUUUCAAAAAUUAAGAUACUUAGUAUUGAUGUCUUUGAAUUCAGCACGAAGAGAGCUUUCCAGUGGCAUGUACAUGGAACACUUGGGGUAAAAGUAUAAGGCGACUAUGAAACAUUAUUAUGGCGACUGUGUGUCAUUGUUUCCGACAUUGUUUAAACAUUUCUGACCGGGCACGAAUAAUGCUAUCAUCGACAUUGCUGAGAAAAUCACAUUUUUAAAUAUCUGA